AUGAUAAAACAAUGGCACGCCUUCAUUAUUGCUACAACAAAUGUGCUAAAAUGUUUUUUGGCUACAACAAAUUUAAAGAAAAAACCCCACAAAAUUUAUUGGUCUACUGAUUCCAUUGAGUUUUCUGGUAUACCAUUCAUGAUGAUUGGCACAAAAAUUUUUGAUUGCCAUCAUGGAUAUGAUAGAAACUUAAGUAGGAAAGAAUACAACAAACAAAACAGAAAAGCAUUAAACAUUGAUCAUGAUUGCAGAAGAAAAUAUGCUAGAAUACAGAAUUGUAAGAAAUUUGAUUGCCCAGCUCAACUUAUCAUAACAGAAUACUUAGAAUUUCCAGAAUAUAAACUUAUAUUGGAUACUGUCAGAAAUAGAAAAGCAAAAUCAAAAGAGCUACGAUAUGCGAUAUCUAAGAAAAAAAUCUAUCAAAUCAGAAAAUUUUGUGUUGCAGUACCAGAUAUUUCAGCACACAAUGGUCAUAUAAUUACCAAGGAUGCUGGUAUAACUCAGAGAAUUGACCCUGAACUGGUAUCUGCUAUUGACAUGUAUGUUAAAGAAGGUGUAUUGAGCACAAAAGAAAUGAAGCGCUUAUUAAAAAUCCAAGUGAAAAACAGUUUCAGUAAAGCCGGUCAUGUUCUACCAGAAUUCUCAAAUAAAAGAUUUUAUCCCCGUAAUUCCACUAUCCACAAUCACAUAACAAUUUCUAGACGAAAAUUAAGUAAAUCUCUUAUUGAUCAAGAAUGUCUUCAGUCAAAAAUUAAGGAAUGGAGAGCAUUAGAUCCUACUAUAAGUAUAUUCUUUAGACCUAAAGGGCAUUUUGAAAAAGACCUUACUGUAGACAGUGACCAUGAAGAUGAUAAUGUGAAACUAACAGGUGCAAGUGAAACCUCUUUGCUCUUUGUCUAUCAAAAUAAAUGGCAGAAGAGGCUGUUAGCUAAAUAUGGUAAUGAACUAGUUUUAUUGGAUGCAAUAUAUCGUACCACACGUUAUGCAUUGCCGCUUUUCUUUUUUGUGGUAAAAACCAAUAUUGAUUAUCAAGUGGUUGGAUUAUUUGUAUGUGAAAACGAAACUGAGGAUUCAAUCAGUGAGGCUCUUUUGUAUAUUAAGUCUUGGAAUAAUGACUUAAAUCCAAAGUAUGGAAUGUCAGACUAUUGUGUUGAAGAGAUUAAUAGUUUAGAGAAGGUUUUUGUCGGUUGUGUUGUAUUCAUAUGUGAUUUUCACAGAGAACAAGCGUGGGACCGUUGGCUGAAAACAAAAUCUAAUGGCUUAACACAAGAUAGGUUAAAGAUCUUAUGCUUACUUAGAAUGAUAGCACGUGCAGACACAGUUGAGAUAUGUGAAGCAGAAAUAAAUAAUUUGAAAAACUGUUUUUAUUGGAUAAAUAACAAAGCUCUAAGAGAAUAUUUAUCAAGAUAUUGGUUACCAAUAAAGCAUCGUUGGGUGAAAGCAUAUCGUCAGACUCGUUUAUUGGUAAAUUGUAAUACAAAUAAUGGUGUAGAGCGACAACACAACACAUUAAAGCAUAAGUAUCUUCUAAAUCACAGAAAUAGUUCCCUUAGUGGAAUGUUAUCUGUUGUGAUUGACGAUUUUCUUUCUGAUAAGUAUGAGAGCUAUAUAGACAACAAUAGAUUAAUGAGCUCUAAAUACAUGAGUUAUUCGGAUGAUAUUGAUGAUUGGAUGAUAGAUCGGCCUCGAUUAAUGGUGAAGCAUUGCCUGUUAAAGAAAUCACUUGCUGAGAAUUUAGACAUAACAGCACUUAAAGUUGAAGAAUCUGGAAAAUUCUCAUUGCGAUAUUAUAAAGACAAUAAAGAACGAAAUUAUGUAGUAACUUUUGGAAAUGAAGACAACAUGCCUAGUUGUACCUGCAUGAAUUGGAAAAACUCUUGUUAUCCUUGUAAGCAUUUCUUUGUCAUUUUCAAACACUAUCCUUGUUGGAAUUGGGAAUCAAUAUCACCUUUAUACCGAAUGUCUCCAUAUCUAAAUAUUGAUAUUGAUUUUGAUCUUGAUAACGCAAAAGUUAAAGGAUGUAAUGAUAAAAUCAGUACAACAACAUAUUCCAGUGUAACUACUAAAGAGUCAAAUAAAGUGAGUGAAGCAUCGAUAAAGGCUGAUACUCAAAACGUAAGCAAGUCAUAUAAAGUGAGUGAAGCAUCGGUUAAGGCUGAUACUCAAAAUGUAAGCAACACAGGAAGGAAAUCUAUAACAGGUGAAUCCAUUAGAAGCCUCUUGUGUGACUUACGAAGUCUGAGUUUUUUAAUUGAUCAUGAUACUGAGCUUCUUGAAAAUACAUAUAAAGAGUUGAACAACCUCAUCACAAGUCUGAAAAGUGCUGUACCUAAAGAGAGUUGUUUACCUCUACUACCCAAUAAAAUUAAAAAAAUAUCUAAACCAAAAUGCUCCAUUAAGUAUCAUAAGCUGCCAGCACCUAAAAAAAAGAGUAUGCAAUUUAAACGUGUUGGGGAAAAAAAGGAGAAAUUGUUGGCAGCUUCCAAAAUUGAAAUAACGUUGAACCCAGAAAAAAAAAAUGUAGAAACUGAAGUUAUAAAUAAUAAUUUGAUUGACUAUGAAAACAUAUUAGAGUUUGUAGAUAACAACAUAGUCAUUUUCAGUGAUGAUGAAAAUGAUACAGAUAAAAAAAAUGAUUCAGAUGAAAAAAACUGUAUAAGUAAAAUAAAUCUCAGUGAGAGUGACUUUUCAGAUAUAUUAAACAAUGAAUGGCUUUCUGACAAUGUUAUAAAUAUAUUUCAAAACAUGAUAAAAGACCAAUUCAAAGAAGUAAGUGGCCUUCAAGACACUGUGCUUGGACAAAAUCUUGCUUUUAGUACGCAUAUAAAUAAACCAUUUGUUCAAGUUUUGCAUAAUGGUUGUAAUCACUGGGUAGCAAUUUCAACAUAUAGUUGUAAACCUGGUGAGGUUUUUUUGAUGGACAGUCUGUUUCAUGGUAAAAUUGCAAAUCAUACAAUAGAACAGAUAUGUGCCAUCAUGAAAUGCACAUAUGAGAAGUUAAAUGUUUGUGUAUUACCAGUGCAACAACAGUCAAAUGGUGAAGAUUGUGGUGUCUUUUCUAUUGCUUUUGUUUAUCAUAUUGUAAGUACAAAAUCAAAACCAGACAAUGUAACAUUUUCUAUACCAGAGAUGAGAUCACAUAUGUUAAAUUGCAUUAAAGUUAAUAAAGUUUCUUCUUUUCCUCAAUCGCUAGCAAGUUGCAAAAGGUGUUUUCAAAAAGAGAUUUUUAUUGAACUGUUUUGCAGUUGUAGAAUGCCAUGGAAUCCCAUAGAAAAUAGAAAUAACAAUAAUCAAAUGGCGCAGUGUUCUCGGUGUAAACAGUGGUUCCACAAAAUGUGUGAAAAUGUUCCUGAUUUUGUCUUCUUUAAAAAGAACCGUAGAUUACCAUGGUUUUGUUAUUGUUGUGCAAGUGCAGUUUCAUAA